AGUACAAUGCAUGGUGAAUACAAAGUUGUAAAUAAGUCAGAUUACGAAUCCAAAGCGCGAAAUGAAAACAAAUGGCGUCAACAGCGAAAUUGAACAAAAACAUUUGUGCAAAACUGCAUUUGAGAGAGACAUUUGGCGCUUUUCAAAGACAUCGAAGAUCAUUCCAUCAACGAAUAUUCUCUCGAAUACCAGCAAGACUCUGUUACCGUUUGAAAUCACUUGUUUCACAAGACAUAUUGGAGGAAGGCCAUGUGUUCCUUGGGUUCACUAAGUGUGGGCGGUUUGUGGUGUCCUACUCCUGUCAGAUGAUGUCCGAUGAACACCUCGGCUUUCCGUCCUACAACUAUGCAUUGCAGUGGUGGAAGUUCAUACCUGACUCUCCACUUAUAAAGGCUAGCGAAGUGAAAUUAUUUGGUGAAGAGGAUGUGACUCAGGAUCUAUUUAUAUCUUUCUGUGAAUGGCCCCAGGAUCACUCUAAAGUGCUAGUGUUUGGUCACAGUUUGCCAGGACAAGACCCGGACAGUUGCUGUCAGUGUUACUUUACCAUCACAUCUUUCCCAGCCACAGCCACAUGUCUAGUCUGCCAACAACUCCGUACAGGGGGGAAGAAAGAAGCAACCUUACCCAAAAGGUGUCUUCAACAUGGAUAUUCUGUCCACACUAAGUUUGAACUGACACCUCCAUUUCCACCUUUUGCACCAAGAACUCAACUUAAAAUUAACGGUGUAGCAGUGGUAAAUACUGGUGACUCAAUCAUUGCAUUACAUGUAGCUAUAGGAAACAGCACCGAGCUGGCAGCAAAUGAAGUUCUGUGUCUAAAGAAAACCACCGAGGGAGACUCCAAGGGAAGCAACUCAGCAACAGAACGACCUGUGUUGUUGAGAUCAGAAAGUACUUUGUCUGAAGUGUGUUGUGAAUGUGGGUUUAAAAUUCAGGAUUCUGAAAAUUGGGAGCAGAAUGAUGAUAGUCAGAAAGAAAAUGUCAAAAAACAUGUUUUGAAGGAGUAUUUUAAACAACGAUCUCCAAAACCUAGUCCAGGUCAUUCAGACAUCCAGGGACGUUCUCCAAAGCCAAGCUCUGCUACUGAUUGGUACAGUGAACAUCAGGGAAAAUCUCCAAGGUCAAGUUGUGGAGAAUGGAAUAAUGAGUUCCAUGGUUGGUCACCCAAAUCUGGAGACAAGCAUGUCGACUGCCAUGAAAUGGAACGGAAAAAUGGAGGUAUUUGUGAUGCCAACUCACCAGACUGUUUUGACUUCUCCUGUGAGUCACCAUCUAUAGGACCAAGUCGACGGGACCGUAGCAUCAGCCGGACCACUUACCAACAACAACAGAGUGUUGAUUAUAAGAAUGUCAUGUCGCCUAAAAUGGACAAUGCAGCAAACAAUACAUCAGAUAUCAAGAAUGUUAUGUCCCCCAAGUCUGAUAAUUCUAGCAUCAAUAACUGUACUCCUCGUACCAGUCCUCGGGCCAAUGUUGUGGAAGGCAAGGGCCUGUCAGUUCUGACUGAUGGAUGCUGCCCUGCCUGUGGGGCCCCCACAGUGCUGGGGGUCACUCAUGGGGGUCGAUCAGGGGGGCCAGGAAACACAACUCCCUCUAUUGGAAACCGUAUAGGACUGAGUGGCAGUAACACGAACCUAACUGGCACACCUCAAAAUAACAAAAUAAUACUCUCAGGAACAUGUAACUCUAGUGGGACUCCCCUGGUGGGGUCACAAAGGUCGUUCUGGUCACCUUCCAUCAGCAGUGGUACCUCACGCAGCACAGACAGUAUCUACCUACAGACUAAUGAAUCAAAAACUGUGUCGUACAUGGUGCGUACGUUCACACAGAUGGACAUACCAGGGGACCAAGACAGGACUGUUCCUACUGACGACGACCUUGACCUCGCUUACCGUAGUGUCUUGCCCAUUGAAGUAGUGACCGGAGAUAACCACCCGAUGUGUCCAGCCCUUCCUCUUGACCAUUGUCAGGAGGGCCUGCGGAUCACGCAGAUGACAUUUGAUGUAGAGCACUACUUGGAAGAGAUCAUCGGUCACACUGCCAGCUGGGGACAUCGAUAUGUGGCCUUCACCAACUACGACCUCCAGAUACUUGAUGUGUGUCCAGACACCAAUGCUGUGAUUGGCAAAGUGUUUGUGCUCAUACAUGCCAGGGAGGAGUCGGACAACCCAAAAAGGAAAAGGAGGCAAGCUGUAAAGUUAUACCAGACAAGCUUCUGCUUCAGCUGGAGUUUAGUCACAGGAGGAUUUGACACACUUAGUGCUGACUGUCUAACUGAAGUUGAUGAAUUAAACAUUAGAAGACAAGAAUGGAAGCCAGGUCAUAAAGAGUGCUCUUCACUCCGACGCCAGCUAUUCAUUCCACAGUCCUCUCAGCGACAUGUUAAUGUCUUAUCCAACGAAUCUGUGUUCAAAGGUAAAUCUCUUUCUAUGAUCAUCUCGCCCCAUCUUCAUGUCGCAAUAGUGAUGUAAAAGGACCAAGUGUUCAGGAGCACAACACCAGACUCAUUAAACAUUUGUGAAGGAGCAGUUAUCUCUACGAAGGGAUCAUUCUUUAAUUAUAUCAUUGUCUUUUAGAUGUAGUUAGUGUGAAAAUGUGACAAUUAUUUUAUUAUGCAAUUCUACAUCUGGUCAGAAUGUAUUGAGUUUGUGUUUAAGGAUAUAAAUGUUGGUGUGACCAAAGGUAAUAUUUAUCAGCAUUUUUGGAGUAUACGUUGUCAAAGUUAAGGGGAGCAACCUCAGGGUGGUAAGAUGUACUGUGGUACGACCAAGCUGUGAACAGUUAACAUGCAAGUGGUAAAUCCUGGCUUUAAUGCCAAUCUCUGAUAUUUGAGGUACACCCAAUUAGAGUUCAGUUUGAAAGUGAAUCUGUCCUUGACUGCAGAACUUAAGUGAAUUUGUAGAUGUGUUCAAAUAAAACAUGAAAGUAGUGCAGAAAAUGUGGAAACAUUUUUGUGUAAUUCUAUGUGUGGGUUUAAUUUUAAUAGAUGAUUAGUUGUGUACACUAUCUUAUUAAAUUAAACUAAAUACUGUAGAAAGUAUUAAAAGAAUAUACCAAAAUAUUUGCAAAGAUAAUCAGUGACAAAUGAAUACAUUUUGUAUCUUAAAAAUAUUCAGUUUAAUUCAUGUUUGCAGCUUGAUGCUUUUAUAAUUCUGUCAUUUUAUAUAUUAAGACAUAGAACAUCUUUUACAUCAUUUAAGUUCUUAGUUUUAUACAUAGUCACUAGUGUAAAAGAUGGACAUUGCAGAUCUCCCAGUUUGGGGUUUUACUACAAGUAGAGGAUCAAAUGUUGUAUAAAAUGUGCGUAUACUGUAAACAAUGGAUUUGAUGAUAGUAAAUUUAAUUCUACGAAGAAA